AUGGCCCCUUCUUUGGAUGACCCGCCAGAUGGAUUCCACAACAAUGAGGCCCUAGCCUCCAUUUCAGCUGCACUACGUCCUGAAAAUAUUGAAGCAUCCUUGCAAGCAGAGAAUUUUCUAUGGGGGUCUGGCCUCCAACCCUUGGCCCCUUUUAUCCAGGGGUCAUCUUCUGAAGGGUACAGCUCAUCUAAUGCCCAUAGCAGUAAUUUGAGCAGGGCUUCUAGUAUUUGGGGUGUAUUCACAUCCCUUAAUAACGAGGAAGGACGAGGCUUCAUACCGGAAGACACUACUCUCCUAAACUUGGCUGCCCACAACAUAGAGUAUGAUGCGUGUCCUCCCGUCAGAUCUGUUCGCCCUAGCGUAGUCAACCAGGAUCCCCAGGUUCUUCAGCCGCCCCACGACUUGCGGCUUGUUAAUCCUGCAGCAAAUAACCCUCUGACUGAUCCCUGUCUUUGCACGUUAGAAUGGUACAAGAAUAUUCCUCGCAACAAAGCAGACGACUAUGUAAUUAUCAAGGUUAUGUUAACUUGUUUGCGUAGUACCGAGAUCCUACAUAUUUUUUCCAAUUUGGAUGCAGACAUACUCGACAAUGAAGCUGUCGAUGCUGAACAAAAAUUCAUCCGUGAGCAUCCAGACAGUCGCAGUUUCAAUGGACCCUGUCCCAAAGAUAAGGGAAAGGCAAACAAAAGGAAAUCUUCACAAAAAGGUAAAGGUCUGUACAACAACCCUGCUUUUGAGGAGGUCUUGUGCUGUAUCCUUCUCUUACCUUCCGAGCGAGUGCUCACCUUAACUGACUGGCCCUAUGUGCACAUUGUUACAUUGGUUUCACAGAUAUCACAUUCGUUCCAUCAGCUGUGGUUGGGUACCCACGCAACUUCACCAAGGCUUACAUGGAGGGAAUAUGAGGGCCCGGUUUUUAUUGACUCUUUGAACCACUUACAACAGCAGGCUAUGGUAAAUCAGGCAUUCAAUCAACGUAAAACAGAGUUACAUGGUAUUUUCCUUGUGCAGACUCGCAACUCUAAUUUUUCUCAUUCACCAAGUACCCCUGCUCUCGUAGCCAAUCAGGGUACAACGGUUGACAAUCCCACACUGCUAUCAUCAACCACUGCACUCCCAGUUCCAGCUGCUGUUUUCCAUUCUGCUACCUCCUUAACAGCUGUUAGUGUUGCACCCCUUGUGACCAUGAUCACUGCCAUUCAGUCCGACGUUGGUCAACCCAUCAGUGCGCCAAAUGUGAUAUUUGAUGUCAAUAAUGAUCUCCAAGAGGCAAAUACCACAAUGCCAACCAUUUCACCAUCCAUGUCCAAUGCGGGUUAUGCUGGUUUAGAAAGAUUGCCCGAUGCUGUUCCUGGUAGCAAAAGGGAGUGGAGUAGGAUGGUGGGUGAUGAGGAGAGGCCGAGUGCAAAGCUGCUCAACACCAUGAAUUUGGAGGGACAAUCUUGUACUUGCGUCUACUUUGGGGGUGCUCCCCUGGUGGUCGUCCAAGAGCAAAGAUACAAUUGCGUUGUCAAGUGUGAAGGAGUGAAAGGAAGUGGGUAUGGCUGA